AUGGCAGCUGCUUUCCUUCGACAGCUGAACCAGCUCCUCCAGACCCAGCAGCCCAUCAUGGGAGAUCAAUGGACUUCUCUCUUGGCUGCUCAGAGCGAGGUCGCCAUCAGAACGAUUCGUCAAAGCCACAUCACAGUCGAGGAGGGUGCAGAGAUCUGCAGCUUGGUGCAGCAGGGCCUUUGGUCACACGAGCAGAAGCAGGCCCUGGGUGCAGCCGUCUCCCAGACCUUGGCAGGCAGCACUCCAGCAAAUGCCAAGGCCAAGAAGAAGAACCAGGAAAUUCUCAACUUCUGGGGUUUCUUGGGCGCCGAGGACCGGAGAGUUUUGUCCAGCGACGACACCCUCGUCAUGAGGCUGACUCACACUGCUCAGAUAAUGGCUCGACUGGAGAUGUUCUGGCCAUCAGAACAGUCUGUGGGACACAUCAUCAAGACCCUGCAGAGUUGCAACAAUACUGGCUUGCAGAGCCCCGACGAGUUCCAUUCGGCUGUCGUGUGCCUCAAGAAGAAGGUGAAGACCAUGCUCAAAGAUGCUUCCUGUGGCGAGUUCGUCGCCAAGUACACUCGGCCUGAGGAUCUUCCACCACACACCCGAGAUCGCUUCGCAGAUGCCUUGGGAGGUGAGCUGCCUGGAACAAUGGUGCUGGCCCGUGAUGCUCUUCGUGGCAGUAACAAAAGCCUCUCUUUCCACAAGAGCAACACUGCCAUGGUGCUGGGUGGUCCAGCAGCAGGCCCGGCAAUGCACAUGCCCCACACCAUGCAGGGUAUGAUGCAGUUCUGGGGCAGCAUGGCAGCUAACAUGUUCAACCAGCAGCAGCAAUUGGCGAAGAAGAACGAUGGAUUGCCUGGGUUGAAAAUCUUCGGCGACCCAGCUGCUGCCGCCUCGUCUGGGACGAUGGCCUCCUCGCCUGCUCAACAGCAGGCCUUGCAGCUUCCUACAGUUACCAAUGAACCGGCACAGGGCAGCGGAACAAAGCAGGCCGAGCAACAGGGAGUGCUGGCCAGCAAGGAUCCUGUCAGUGCUGCACAACAUGCAGAUGAAAUGCUUCAAGCUUGGAAGGGCGACAACAAAGGGUUCGACAGCACCUCCCAGCCCAAAGCAAAGUCGCAGCCCAAGGCGAAGGCCAAGGCUGCUUGCAAGGCGAAGGCGAAGUCGCAGCCGAAGAAGGUCCAGAAGGCUUUGCAGAAGUUCACUCGAGAAGAGGUCCGAUGCAUGACUUUGUCGGCUCGCAUCAAGCUGCGACCCAAUGGGUGUGGCAAUCAGGUCUUGCAGGAACUCAAAGAGCUGCCCGAGUUGCCAUCUGGGACGAGUCGCCGAACACUGAAGCGGGCCCGGGAUGAGAAGACUCGGAGCUACCAAACUGCUUAUGGCGAGAUCCUAUGCGACUUCAAGUGUGUUGCCGAAACUGGUGUGGAGUUUGAAUUUCCUGUCUUGAACCCAGCUGCAAUGCUUGCCUGGGCGACAGAGCGAUGUCGACCAUUUGGCGAGUUCCUGGAGAGGGCCAUGGAUGCCACACCCCCCAGCAUUCUUCAACCAUGGGGAUUGGUGUGGUAUUCCGACGAGCUGGCUCCGGGCAACCAACUCAAGCACUCCAACCGGAGAAAGGUCCAGGCCGUAUAUUGGAGCCUGCUCCCUUUGGGACAGCAUGCAAUGGGUUGCGAAAAUUGCUGGUUCACUCUCUGUGCCAUUCGCAGCUCUCUGGUCGCAGAUCUCGGCGGCAUGACUGUGCUCUUCAGGCAGCUAGCAGCCUUGUUCUUUGAGAGACCUGACUUCAGAAAAGGUCUUGUGUUGCAGUGCCCUGGACAAGCACGUAUGCUCUUUGCCGACUUGAAGAUCAUCAUAUCCGACGAAGCUGCAAUUAAGGCUACCCUUUUCAAUAAAGGAGCCAGUGGGCUCAUAUUCUGUGUUCAAUGCCAAAACGCCGUGGACCACAAAAGCAGCAUUGCUGAAAGGAGUCGGGGCAAUAUGGUGUCCGGCCUGGAAACCGACAUGAGUUGCUUUCGGAUGCACACACCCGAGUCUAUACGAGACACCAUGGACUUCUUGCGAAGGCAAGAGAGGGUCCUCAACAAAGACAGAUUCCUGCAACUCCAAACAGCAAUGGGGUUCAAUUUCAAAGAGGAUGGAUUGCUGGCACAUGCAGCAUACGGGCCUCCGGUCAUCGAGUGUGUGAUGUUCGAUUACUUCCAUGUCUAUUUAGUCAAUGGCAUCUUCAAUGUUCUGACAGGGUUUUUUCUUGGAGAGCUUCACAACCAUGGCUGGAAGCACAAUGACAUUGAUCGCUUCGCAAAUGGUUUUACCUGGCCUUCUCGUUUGCGAGGUGCUGCUGCAAAGGAUAUCUUGCAGAAGCGAAAGCCAAGCGAAACCUUGAAGUGUGGAGCCAGCGAGGCUCUGAACUUUAUGCAGCUGCUGCGACUCUAUGUGCUAGUCUUUGUGCUGCCAAAUUGCAGCAGAGAUAUCCGGGACUCUUGCGAGGUUUGGUUGGCUUUGUGCAAGGUGAUUGAUGCUUUGCAAGCGAUCAAUGCCAAACCUUCAGCAUUUACCCCCCUGCAGUUGCAGCAGCUCAUCAAAAGGCAUCUCGAUCUGGCGAAAAGUCGGUAUGGAGAUGAGUGGUGGGUGCCAAAGUGUCACUUGGCAGGCCAUUUGGCGCUGCAACUGGCCAAGCAUCAGGUCCUCCUCAGCUGCUUUGUGCACGAAAGAAAACAUAAAAUCAUCAAAAAAAUUUCGAAUGAAAUUUUGGAUACAAGCAGAACCUUUGAGAGGAGCAUCCUACAAGAUGUACUCCAUGGUCACAUGGAAAGUCUGGCAGAGGGUGUAUACCUCCCAGGCCAAGGAGUUCGCUUGGUCGACCCUGUGAGACCAGCUCCUGCCAGAUUGCAAACAGAGAUACACAACACGAUCCGGGUCCAGGGUGAAGUCUUCACAGCCAGGCAGGCAGUGCAUGGAGGAAACUUCACCGUGGCUGUCGGCGACUUGGCCUUGAUGGAUCUGGAUGGGGUCACUGCCGUAGGCAAAUACUCGGUGGACAACAGCCGCCUGAAGACCAAGGGCCGUGUCCAGCCGAGCCUCCUCUUAGGGGAGGAGCGUCAGUCCUGCAAGGUCAACUUUGAGGUGACCGAGGACAUAGAGGACGAAAUCCUCAGCAUCAGCCGUGCUGUUGAGGCCGGUGCGGGCAUUUGGCUCCACCGAGAGGACAGCCACAUUUUGUGGCCCGACGGCGUCCGAGACGCGGCGAUGGAAGCAGCAGCCGACGAAGAGGCCGAAGCUGCUGAAGAGGAGGAGGCUGCGGGUAACCCCGGCCCUCUAGAGGAGCAGGCCGAGCAGCCUGACUCCAGGCCACGCGGCCUAAGGGCACCGCGCAACCCCACGGCGCAGGAACGCGCCGAGCACGAGCUCACUCACACGCCCUACCAGGCGUGGUGCGAGAAGUGCGUGGAGGGAAAGGCGCGCGAGGACCCUCACCGCCGCCGUGAGCCCUCGGAUGAUCCGGUGACGCCGCUUGUCACCAUGGAUUAUCAGUUCUACAGCCGGGACGGGAAAGAAGUUGAGGAAGAAGCGUCGCUUGCCACGGUGCUGAACCUCACAGACAGGGCCACUGGCUGGACUCUGUCGGUUCCCGUGGCGCACAAAGGGCACAGACACGCGGCCUACGCCGCAGGGCUUGUGGAGCAGUUCGUGGAUCGCCUGGGGUACGACAAGUUCACCCUGCAGGCUGACCAAGAGAAUGCUAUAGCCUCUGUGGCCCGUGCGGUCCACCGCCGGCUUGGAGCUGCUGAGGGUCUACCGUGA